AUGGUAGUAAAAGGUGGAGGUUCUAAUAGAAAGGACCUGAAUUCAAAUAUUGAAUUCAAACCCAAAAGAACCCUAGAGAGCCUAUUUACCAGCGGCAGAAACACCGACCCUCCUCUCUCUUCUCCGACGACUACCUUUCUUCUAUCUCUCUCAACCACAACAAAAGAAAAAUCCCUAAAUCACAAUAACAGCGGCGGCGCUGUUUAUCCGGUACAACGACAAUGGGUUUCAGAGAUUAGUGGAGGAAGAUCGCGAAGAGGUCCAGAUCGAGAUUCGCGGUAA